UUUCAUUUUAUCAGACUUUGCUCGUCGUCUCUUUAGUCUUUACUGUCUCUGGAUUCUCUUUAGUCUCUCUCCAGUCUCCCCUCCGCUCAAUCUCUGAAACCAGUUCUUCCAAGCUUGGCAGCGAAGAUGCGUGAGAUUCUUCACAUCCAGGGAGGCCAAUGCGGUAACCAGAUCGGAGCCAAGUUCUGGGAGGUGGUUUGCGCCGAGCACGGCAUCGAUUCAACCGGUAGAUACCAUGGUGACAAUGAUUUGCAACUCGAACGCGUCAACGUGUACUACAACGAGGCGAGUUGUGGUCGGUUCGUUCCUAGGGCGGUGCUUAUGGAUCUGGAGCCAGGAACCAUGGAUAGCGUCAGAUCUGGUCCGUACGGGCAGAUUUUCCGACCGGAUAACUUUGUUUUCGGUCAGUCAGGGGCAGGGAACAACUGGGCCAAGGGACACUACACUGAGGGAGCAGAGUUGAUCGAUUCGGUGCUCGAUGUUGUAAGAAAGGAGGCAGAGAACUGUGACUGCCUUCAAGGCUUCCAGGUUUGCCACUCUCUGGGUGGUGGAACGGGUUCAGGGAUGGGAACACUCCUGAUUUCCAAGAUCAGGGAAGAAUAUCCCGAUCGUAUGAUGCUCACUUUCUCCGUGUUUCCAUCUCCAAAGGUGUCUGACACUGUUGUGGAACCCUACAAUGCGACCCUUUCUGUUCACCAGCUGGUAGAAAAUGCUGAUGAAUGCAUGGUUUUGGACAAUGAAGCUCUUUACGACAUUUGCUUCCGUACUCUCAAGCUCACCACUCCAAGCUUUGGAGAUUUGAACCAUCUAAUUUCUGCCACCAUGAGUGGUGUCACAUGUUGUCUUCGGUUCCCUGGUCAACUGAAUUCAGAUCUCCGCAAGCUUGCCGUCAAUCUCAUCCCCUUCCCUCGGUUGCACUUCUUCAUGGUUGGCUUUGCUCCGCUCACAUCUCGUGGGUCACAACAGUAUAGGGCUCUCACCGUACCCGAAUUGACUCAACAAAUGUGGGAUGCCAAGAACAUGAUGUGUGCUGCUGAUCCUCGUCAUGGACGAUAUUUGACUGCAUCUGCUAUGUUCCGAGGUAAAAUGAGCACCAAAGAGGUUGAUGAGCAGAUGAUUAACGUUCAGAACAAGAAUUCGUCUUAUUUCGUUGAGUGGAUCCCCAAUAAUGUCAAAUCGACAGUGUGUGAUAUUCCUCCAACUGGUUUGAAAAUGGCAUCGACAUUUAUUGGCAACUCUACUUCUAUACAAGAAAUGUUCCGGAGGGUGAGCGAGCAGUUCACAGCCAUGUUCCGCAGAAAGGCUUUCUUGCACUGGUACACAGGAGAGGGUAUGGAUGAGAUGGAGUUUACUGAGGCUGAGAGCAACAUGAACGAUCUCGUAUCCGAAUACCAGCAGUACCAAGAUGCUACUGCCGAUGAGGAGGGGUAUGACUAUGAAGAUGAGGAGGAGGAGGAAGCUCAGGAGAUCUAGGCUUGUGCUUUCGACGUUUUUGCUUCUUAUUAAGAAACAUGUGUUGAUGUUAUGCUUUUCUCCCUCUACCUGAAUAUCUUUUUCGGGGGGCUUGGAUUGCUUUCGGCCUUUGUUCGUCAUAGCUGUAGGUUUUAUUUCGAACCAUAUUUACAUGACUAAAUUUGUUGGCUUGUGGAUUUGUGCUAGAUUGGUAUUUUAGGUUAUAUUCGUGCUAUAUGGGAAUACCCUGCUCUUAUGUUUUUGUAACCUCCCUGGCGUUUUCGGAAUAGAUUUACUUGAAGCAUUCUUGUUC